AUGUCCCCCUCCCCUUGGCUCCACGCCAUCGUCAAGGCCGUGCACAGCGGUGAUCAAGUUACCCUCGUCGCUCCCGCCGCUCUCGGAGCCCCGCCCGGACCGGAGAAGACGCUCACGCUGGCUUCUAUCGUCGCCCCGCGGCUGGCGAGACGGAACGACGCGUCGUCGAGGGACGAGGCGUUUGCGAAAGCGUCGAGAGAGAGCUUGCGCGCGGCGCUCAUUGGACGCAAGGUGACGUUUCGCGUCGAGUAUAAGAUCGAUUCGAUCGAUCGCGAGUUCGGGGUGGUGUUCGACGAGAAGGGAGUUAAUGCGAGCGCAAUGCAGGUGAAGAGAGGAUUGUGUAAGGUUCGCGUCGGGGGUGGCGAGCGGGCGAGCAACGCGGAGGAGCUGGAGGCGCUCGAGCGGCAGGCGCAAGCGGAACAAGUCGGGAUGUGGAGUAAAGAUCCAGCGGUGUUGGCGAAGGCGAACGCGAUUAAGGUGUCGCAUGAAAUGAAGGCGGAAGAUGUGCUGAGCGCGGUGAAGAUGCGACCAACGCCGGGGGUUGUGGAGCACGUCCUGAAUGGCGGGACAGUUAAGCUUACGUUGACGGGUGACGGAGCGAUUCACGACCAGAGUGUCGUGGUCUCCAUCGGUGGGAUCUCCGUGCCCGCGAUAGGUAGGAAAGGGGCCAAGAACGAGGACGGGACGGAGCAAGGUCCGGAGCCGUUCGCUCUCGAGGCGAGGCACUUCACGGAGAUGGCUCUGCUUCAUCGAGACGUGCGAGUGAUUUUGGAAGGUUUAGACAGGCGAGGCAACUUUAUUGGUUCGAUCUUGCCCGCGGAUAUCAACGAUACCGCGUUCGUGAACGUAGCCGAGGGUUUAUGUCGUAUGGGACUCGCACAAGUCCACGAAGCGAGCGCCGCGGCGUUGAUCGGCGGCGCAGGGAAGCUUCGCGCCGCAGAGAAAAUUGCGAAGGAUCAACAACUGUGCCUUUGGCGCGGAUACGUCCCACCUGUUCCUUCAAUCCGCACGGUGACGAUGACGAACUUUGAAGCUCACGUAAUAGAAAUAAUAUCGGGCGACUGCAUCUCGGUCGCGCCGACGUCGGGUCCAGACAUGUCGGAAAGAAGGAUCAACCUGAGUUCAAUUCGCGCACCGAGACUGGCAAACCCUCGCGAUGAAAAGGCCAUGCACGAACCGUGGGCGGUGGAGGCAAAGGAGUUCUUGAUCUCAAGAUUAGUCGGUCGAACAGUAUCUGUGAGCAUGGACUAUGUGCGAAAGAUUGGCGAAGGCACGAACGAGAGGACGCUGCACUUUGCCACGGUGAAACUCCCUGGAACUAGCGAUGAGGCCCAGAACGUCGCUGAGAUGCUCCUCAUACGCGGUCUUGCAUCGUGCAUUCACCACCGCUCCGAAGAAGAGCGCGCAGCCGAUUACGACGGGCUCGUCGCGGCGGCAAAACGAGGCAUUGAGAACAAGAAGGGCAUGCACAACAAGAACAAGGAACCGGCUGUGCACAGGAUGAAUGAUUUCAGCGUGUCGAGCCAAAAGGCGAAAACUUUCUUGCCGUUUUUGCAGCGUGCUGGGAAAUGUUCAGCGAUCGUAGACUUUGUCGCUGCUGGGCACAAGGUUCGAGUAUCCAUUCCUAAAGAAGGUGCGGUGAUCUCUUUCUGCCUCGCGGGCGUUCGCUGCCCUCGGCGAGAUGAGCCGUAUGCGGCCCAAGCCCUCGAGUUUACACGCACUCGGAUCCUUCAGAGAACAGUAGAGAUCGUGGUAGAUUCCGUGGACAAGACGGGCAUUUUCCUCGGGACCUUGUUCGCCAAUGAAGGACGCCUCAAUCUCGGCGAGGAACUUCUUCGAGCCGGUUUGGGUAGUUUGCAUCCGGCGUUUCCGGUCGAACGCGUGCAAGGUGGUCGAGCGUUGGCGGAAAUCGAAGCGGCAGCGAAAGAAGUCAAGGCGGGCCUGUGGAAAGAUUGGACACCUCCGGUCCAAGUGGAAGAAACCAGAGAGGAUGAACCGACUGGAGAGCUUGUUCGCGUCGACGUCACCGAAUGUGUAGCCGGCGGUCGAUUCUUUGUGCAAAAGCUGGACGGGUGCAAGAUCGAAGAGGUGACGAGCAAACUCGCCGAUUUGUACGGAGACGUGGACACGAGCAAGGCUUUCGAUGGGGUCUUUGAGCCGAAAGUUGGUGAUGCCGUCGCCGCGAAGUUCACCGGCGACGACAAGUGGUCGAGAGCGAUCGUGGCGUCCAAACGCAUCGGCGAUAAACCGGUGCGCGUGUUCUACUGCGAUUACGGCAACACCGAGGAGCUUCCCUUCAAGCGACUGAGACCACUCAAGGACGCGGGCUUGACGCUCAACGCACUCCCGCCGAUGGCUAACUUCUGCGCGCUGUCUUCCGUGAAGAUUCCACGCAUUGAUUCGGACUACGGUUACGCGGCGGCGUCUCGCGUCGGCGAGCUUCUCUCUGGUCGCCUGUUCCACGCCCGCAUCGACGCCCGUGAUCGAUUCCCCACGUCCAAGCCGUGGGAAUCCGACGCCGCACCGGCUUUCACGCUCGCCUUGUUCCCUUCCGCCGUUGCCGCGCCCGAGGAAUCGGUCGCGUGCGACCUUCUCCGCUCUGGCUUGGCGCGCGUUGACCGCCGACCCCGCGUGCGCGACCGCGCCGAGCUCGACGCCAUGCGCGACGCCCAGGAAUCCGCCAGGCGUGCCCGCGAAGGGAUGUGGCAAUACGGUGACGUCGAUUCUGAUUCCGACGCCGACCACUAG